GACACAAAAGACGUCAUCUAGUUUAUGUAGUCACCUGUACCUACCUAGUUGAAAAAAGGCUUUGUUGCCAUAGUUGUAGGCUUCAUUGAAAGAACCUAAGAUUUGUAAAAUGGGAUAAACUUAAGUACAUAUGAUAGUAGUUGGUUAUCAUUAGGUGUUGGAAUUGUUUCUUCCAUUCAUACGGUGAUGAGUGGGGACACUUUUCCGCAACCUAAUUGCGUUGAAUUUUAUGAUGUGUCUGGUACGACAGGGAAAUAUGCUGCUGGAACUUUGUUUUGUAAUUGUGGUUCUCCAACCUUUCAAUAUUUGUUUAUUAGAUUCUUGAAAUAGCUUUAAGAUGGAAUUUCAGCUUUAAGAAGGAACUAUAAUCUGUCAUCAGAUGCAUGUAAUCGUAUAUGUUGGAUUGUGGAUUGCCUGAUAUAAAAAAUCUGAGGAUUGAGACUACAGAUUUUCAUUUUUCUCCUCUUCCUAUUUGGAUUGGAUUGAGUACAACCUUCAUUCUUUCUUCUUUCUUGUUUUCCUUUUUCUUGGGAUAAUAUGUUCUAAACAAAUCGUCAUCAUGGUAUAACUCUGGGUGGUGUAUGAUUUAUGGGUUACCUUCACUCAGAAUACAACCCUGCACUGCUGGUGGUGCCUUAAUUGCGGUGAUAGCUUAGUUGGGAGAGCGUCAGAUUGAAGAUCUGAAGGUUGCAUGUUCAAUCCAUGCUCACCGCAGGGUUGAGGAUUUAUUAAACUGUGGUUCCUAUGGGGCAUGCCUUUUUUAGUUUCAUGAUUUUUCUCUUGCCUUUGAAGAUCACAUUUAGCUUUCACAAUAUUAUGAAGCAGCUUAACACUCUGUGUACAGCUUCCAUGACACACAAAUAAAAGGGGAAAGUGAGAUUUCGUUUUCUCCAACAAUUGAUGGAAAAGAAUGUUAUUUCUGUUGAUAUUUUUCUUUGGUUGAUGCUACCUUAGACCAGAACUACAAUGAUUAAAAUUGUAAAAAAGCCUUACAUCAUAAUUGAGUGAGCUGAGCCUUAGUUCUAGAAGGUGUAGGCAGUUCAGAAUUAGAUCAGUUAGAGAAAGUGAAACUAACUUAAGAUUGGAAUGACUUCUCUGCCCCUGAGCUGUACUUUUAUAUAUAGAGUGAACCGAGCACAAGACAAAGUAACAAUAAUCGUAAUACAGAUUCAGAUUCUCUCACUUAGUCUCUCUCUCUCUCUCUAUCACACACACUUUCUCUCUCUUCAUUUCUCCAAAACUAUCGCAUCCGAAAAUUCUCCAAUUAAUAGACAGAAUGGAAAAGAAAAGACAAACUGCUAGUUCAUUCAAUGAGAUAACUAUACAUGAUACCCUGUUCUCUGACCUUUUAUGUUUUAGAUGAUCCCUUCUUCCUAGAUUUCACUCGAAAUUGUCUUCCUUUGUUUGAAGAAACUAUCUCUAUCUUGUAUGCGUUGCACUGUUAAAUUUGUAUGUUUGAAUCUCCUUUCUUGUUCAGGUUUUAAGCAAGGAUAAUCCUCCUCGGAAAACAUAUGUAUAUAAAUUGGAUGUUCCAGUUGCUGCAAGGUGGAUAUCUUUGGCUGUAGCCCCAUUUGAAAUUCUUCCUGAUCACCAAUUCAGUCUUAUAUCACAUGUGUUUGCUACCUAAUCUGUCAAAGAUGCGGAAUACAGUGGAAUAUUUUCAUAGCGCCUUCAGCUGCUAUAAGGAUUAUCUUUCUGGAGACUUCCAUUUAACUCUUAUAAACAAGUUUUCAUAGAGCCAGACAUGGCAGUUUCUUCAAUGAGUUUAGGAGCAUCUAUGAAUAUAUUUAGUUCUCAAGUUUUGUUUUAUGAAAAGCUUAUCGACCAGACUAUUGAUACAAGGAUAAAACUUGCAUAUGCUCUUGCAAGACAAUGGUUUGGUGUAUAUAUCACUCCCGAGGGACCAGUGAUGAAUGGCUUUUGGACGGGCUUUUUGGUUUCUUGACAGAUUUUUUAUUAAGAAAUAUUUGGGUAAUAAUGAGGCGCGGUAUUGUAGAUACAAGGUGGCAAUUCUUCAGAUGCUGGAAAAGCAGAUGGGUCUUGAAUCUUUCCGUAGAAUUUUGCAAACAGUAGUUUCUCGUGCUCAAGAUGAAACACGUUCUGUGAAGACUCUUAGUACUAAGGAGUUUCGGCAUUUUGCCAAUAAGGUUGGAAAUCUUGAACGACCAUUUCUUAAAGAUUUCUUCCCUCGGUGGGUUGGUUCAUGUGGAUGCCCUAUUUUAAGACGUUUUCAGAAGCCUAAGAAAGGUCUAAAACUAGAUGGUUCUGAUGAUAAUGGUGAUGUACCUUCCAUGGAUGUACGCUCCAGAGUAUCCUUCUAUUGGCAUCACUUCUUAAACGCAUUGACCGGCUGUGGUAGAAUGCCACAUCUCUUUAUGAGUAGGUUGGAUUUAUCCAUGUUACUUUUAAGGAUAUUUUACAUUCUUAAAGUAUUUUGUGCCAGCCUCAUGCCUAGCUACAAUGGAAUAUUGACUAUCAGUUGUAUCCGGACAUUGGCUCAGAUUGCUCUAAAGCUGUCAGGGUUCAUUCCUUUUGAUCGUGUGUAUGAAAUUGUGAAGCCUUUUAAGGAUUUGAAGGCAAUGUGGCAAGUUCGCAUUGAAGCCAGCAGAGCCCUCCUUGAUCUUGAAUUCCACUUGAAAGGCAUUGAUGCAGCAUUACUUCUAUUUAUCAAAUACGUUCAGGAGGAGCCUUCCUUAAGAGGUGGUGACGACCAACCUUAUAAGAGGUCGGCCGUUUCCUGUCUUCGUCCGACCUGGAUCGUCUAACUCGAUCCAGGGUGUGAACAGUGCCCCUACUCAAGUUCGAUCUUCCCCUUAAGGUCGUGCCUUUUAGACUUCGACCCUUUUGGGAAGUCGUGUUCGAGCAUUCGCUUUUUGGUCGAUCUCUUGUAUAAAUCUUGUUGGGAUUGCUUCUGCUUGAAUGGGAAGCGUUUCUUUCUUUCUUUUUUAAUUGUAGCGCGCGUUUGCGCUUUUUUGGGAAUGUGCGAGGACUUUGAAGGCUCAUUUACUUUCCUUUUGCCUUUUGGAUCAUGCCUUGCUUUGAGUUGUUACUUGUCAACCCUUUACUUUUGGCAAAAUUAUCUUUGCGGCUUGGUGUCCGGGCUUUUAGUGACU